AGCACUCCAGUCGCAGAGAUCACAUCCGGUGUAACGUUAGACGCAUUUGCUUGUUUUGCCUCUGUUGCCUAUCACUUCUAGUUUCAACUUCAGUCUAGACCAGUUUAACGUUAUUUCCAGCCGCCAUGUCUCGGGGGUCGAGUGCAGGGUUUGACCGCCAUAUCACCAUCUUCUCGCCGGAGGGAAGACUUUACCAAGUCGAGUAUGCCUUCAAAGCCAUCAACCAGGGAGGGCUGACGUCCGUAGCGAUCAGAGGGAAGGACUGCGUUGUGGUUGUCACGCAAAAGAAAGUUCCAGACAAGCUCCUGGACUCCUUGACAGUGACACAUCUGUUCAAAAUUACAGAGAACAUUGGCUGUGUUAUGACUGGAAUGACAGCUGAUAGCAGGUCUCAGGUGCAGAGGGCGCGGUAUGAAGCAGCUAACUGGAUGUAUAAGUAUGGCUAUGAGAUCCCUGUAGACAUGUUGUGCAAACGCAUGGCGGACCUUUCCCAAGUCUACACACAGAACGCUGAGAUGAGGCCACUAGGCUGCUGUAUGAUCCUGGUCGGGAUGGAUGAAGAGUUGGGUCCACAGCUGUACAAGUGCGAUCCGGCCGGCUACUACUGUGGCUUUAAGGCCACAGCAGCUGGCGUCAAACAGACUGAGGCCACUAGCUUUCUGGAGAAGAAAGUCAAGAAGAAACUGGAUUGGACCUUUCAGCAGACCAUAGAGACGGCUAUCUCAUGUCUGGCAAGCGUUUUGUCCAUCGACUUCAAGCCUUCGGAGCUGGAGGUGGGAGUAAUUACUACAAAAGAAUCCAAAUUCAAGAUUCUGUCGGAGGCUGAGAUUGAUGUCCACCUGGUGACUUUGUCUGAGAGAGAGUGAGGGAUGCUCUGAACAGGAUGAACAGAACCUCCCACUCUCGUCCUAGAGGAAACAUCAUUAAGGAGAUGCUUUCAUCUUGUUCAGAACUGUCCGUACCACACAGGGAGGUUGAAACACAUGAAACAAUCUGUUCCUUAUUACCAGGUUGGGUUGAAUAUGUUACCCACCUGCACCCCCUCCUCCACUCUUACUGGUCAUAAGCCAGGACCUGACUGGAUCCAAUAAUAUCCCCCCCUGCCUUUCUUUUCUAGCCGUACUGCAGGCCAUUCACAUCAGUCCUCCGUAUGAUACAUCCGGAUGGAGCUCAGACUCAAUGAAUCUAGUUGAUGAGCGUGACAGCGCCUCUUCCACUGGAGGACUUGUCCUGUGGCUUCUUGAGGCUCUGUCAACAGAGCUUCCAAUCGCAUUUACUCAGGGCCGCGCCGGUGUGUGUGUAUCCCCCCCGUUUCAUCACCGGCUUUAGCCACUUUGCUCGGGGGAACAGCUGUGGGAAUCCUCCCAUCAGACAGUCAUCAUUGUCCCGCCCUACAGGAAGUCAUCCUCUCCCCGGUGUCUCGACCCUCCCCUCUGCUGUACAUGACUGCACUUCUAUUAAACACAAUGGUUUUUAUCAAA